GUUGGUCUACGAGACAGCAGCUUUACAGAGCUCCAGAGCUCGCCAGUUCCAUAGCUUUCGGUUUCUGUUUCGCUUGGAGGCAACACCAGCAGUUGCCGCAACAACAACAACAACAACUAAAACAAUACGAAAACAGCCCACAACGCUCCGCGUUGCGUGACAAAAGAUUUUGCGAAUCUCCGACCACGAAAUCCGUGCAACGACAGCCACUCCCAGCAGAACCGACUCGGAACUCAGAAGAUGUCGUCGGGAUUACGCAAAACCUCCAUGGCGCUGAUGAGACGCUCCACUUACUCGUCGGCCCCCAGCUCUGCCGCCAUCUUGCCUCACGGCGGGGCGGGGGGUGCCGGGCCGGUGGUCUCGCCGCCCACCAGCGGAGUGGGCGUGGCCACGGAAAUUGAAAAAUCAAUUGCAAGGCAGCGACUGCGGCAGGAAGAGCCGGCAAAUAUGAAGAAAUUAAAUGUCAGCCAACAAGCCGUGAAAGCAGCUGCCACACAAACAACAACAACAACACUGAGUGCCACUGCAGUGGCAGCCACAACAACCACUUGCACCUCGACGACUGCAGUGCGUCCUUACUCGGAGGUUCCCGGUCCAUAUCCUCUGCCGCUGAUUGGCAACUCCUGGCGCUUCGCCCCACUAAUUGGACAGUAUAAAAUUAGCGAUUUGGACAAGGUUAUGAACGAGCUGCACGUCAACUACGGCAAGAUGGCCAAGGUGGGGGGCCUCAUCGGGCAUCCGGACCUGCUGUUCGUCUUCGACGGUGACGAGAUCCGCAACAUAUUCAAGAAGGAGGAGACCAUGCCCCAUCGGCCGUCGAUGCCCUCCCUGCGCCACUACAAGGGCGACCUGCGACGCGACUUCUUCGGCGACGUGGCCGGCCUAAUUGGCGUACACGGUCCCAAGUGGGAGGCCUUCAGACAGGAGGUGCAGCACAUCCUGCUGCAGCCGCAAACAGCCAAGAAGUACAUUCCGCCGCUGAACGACAUUGCCAGCGAAUUUAUGGGCCGUAUUGAGCUGAUGCGCAACGAAAAGGACGAGCUGCCAGAUAAUUUCCUGCACGAGCUCUACAAAUGGGCCUUGGAAUCUGUGGGCCGCGUUUCCCUGGACACCAGGCUGGGCUGCCUUUCGCCGGAGGGCAGCGAGGAGGCCCAGCAGAUCAUCGAGGCCAUCAACACGUUCUUCUGGGCCGUUCCAGAGCUGGAGCUGCGAAUGCCCCUGUGGCGCUUCUAUCCCACCAAGGCCUACCGCAGCUUCGUCAAGGCCCUGGAUCAGUUCACAGCCAUUUGCAUGAAGAAUAUUGGCAAGACCAUGGACAAGGCUGAGGCCGACGAGGCCAGUGGCUUGUCCAAAUCCGAGGCGGACAUAUCCAUCGUGGAGAGGAUUGUCCGCAAGACCGGCAACCGCAAGUUGGCCGCCAUCUUGGCCCUGGACCUGUUUCUGGUGGGAGUCGAUACGACAUCCGUGGCGGCCUCCUCCACCAUCUACCAGCUGGCCAAGAACCCCGACAAGCAGCAGAAGCUCCUGGAGGAGCUCAAGAAGGUGUUUCCCAGCCGCGAGGCCGAGAUCAACCAGAGUGUCCUGGAGCAGAUGCCCUUCCUGCGAGCCUGCGUCAAGGAGACCCUUCGGAUGCGACCUGUGGUGAUUGCCAACGGGCGAAGCCUUCAGUCGGACGCUGUCAUCAACGGCUACCACGUGCCCAAGGGCACUCAUGUUAUCUUCCCACACCUGGUGGUGUCAAACGAUCCCGCAUACUUCCCAGAACCCAAACGCUUUAUGCCCGAGCGGUGGCUGAAGCAGACAAGUGCCACGGAUGCCGGUGGCUGCCCCCAUGCCGGCCAGAAGAUACACCCGUUUGUCAGUCUGCCCUUUGGCUUCGGGCGUCGCAUGUGCGUGGGCCGGCGCUUCGCAGAAAUAGAGUUGCACACGCUGCUGGCCAAGAUCUUCCGCAAGUACGAGGUCUCCUACGACGCCGAGGAGUUCUCGUACCGAGUCAACUCCACGUACAUUCCACAGUCGCCGCUGAAUUUCAGGCUGAAGCUCAGGGACGAGUAAUCCGCCGGCAAGAUGUGUGUAUAAUUUCACCAGAGGGACUCGAGACUCGGGACUCGGGACUCAGUCCUCAGCGCUGAGAGCUCCAAGCUGCAGCGACACACGGCGGAUGUGUGAUAUUUAUAGUCAGAGCCCAGCUGCCGGUUCUGCUGCGAUGUUUCUCUUUUUAAUUAAGCAAAUGUACCCAGAAGCAGAGCAGCCCGGCAGCGGAGCACUAGCCACUGAAUAAUCGUGUAUAUUCCUACUGUCCAUGUGUAUAUAGCCCCAUUAUGUUAUCCCAUAGCUAGAUGUAGGUGUUUUUCCCAAGAAUAAUUGUACCUAAUAAAGCCCUGUUUGUUUGA